CUGCAGUCCAACGUGUUCUAGAAAUAUUCACGUGUGUUUCGUGCUGUGAUAGCUGAGUUUAUACUGAUUCACAGUACAAAAUAGCACCGUUAAUCCCGACGCAGCCUUGAGGCGAAAAUAGUAGAGGGGUUAUUUCAGUACAGCUGUGCAGAAUCAGUCAUGGGGAGGAAGCUCGAUCCCACCACCAAGGUGAAGCGUGGACCUGGACGGAAGGCACGGAAACAGAAAGGCGCAGAGAUCGAGCUGGCCAAACUUUUAGUCAAUGAGGAUGAGCCUAAAAAACUGUCUAGCAGAGGCAGAAAACGUGCUGUGAAGAGAGCACAGGGUGCCACUGCACGCACAGAAGAAAAACAGCCCAAGAAAGGAUUCUCUGAUGACAACAGCAAAUGGCUGACACCAGCAAAGCGAAAGCGCAAAAUUGACCAUUCAGAAGGGGACGAUGACAGCGACAGCCAGUGGGAGCAGGAGGAAGACAAUGAGGAUGAAGUAGAGGAUAUAGAGCAAGGAGUAAAAGAACAACUUGAGGCUGAUGAUGAUGAUGAUGAUGAUAUGGUCGAUGACUAUGGAGCGAUGGAAGAUAGCAGUGAGGAACAAGAACAGGAGGACGAGGCGGCAGGCAGUGAUGGAGAGGAGCUGCUACCUAUUGAACAAGCUGCCAGGAAACAGAAAAAACGCCAGGAAGCUGCAGCACCAGAGAGUGAAGACGAGGACGACGAUGAUGAUGAGGAGGAAGAUGAUGAAAAAAUGGAUGAUGAACAGGAGAAGGAAGAAGAACAGGACACGGUGCAGGCAAACAUUGACCACAUGGACAGGUUUAAACUGCCUAGUGCAGAGGAGAAAGACAAAGAGGGACAUUUGCUUCUAGACCUGCAGAGCGUCCACCAGAGGAUCAAAGACAACGUGGAUGUGCUCUCUCACUUCACUGAGAAGAGAGAGGAGGGGAGAACGCGAUCAGAGUACCUCUCACUGCUGAAGUCAGAUCUCUGCACAUACUACAGCUACAACGACUUCCUCAUGGGCAGUCUCAUGGAGCUGUUUCCUAACGCUGAGCUCAUAGAUUUUCUGGAGGCCAAUGAAGUUCAGAGGCCUGUCACAGUUAGGACCAAUACCCUUAAAACCAGGAGGAGAGACCUGGCUCAGGCUCUGAUCAAUAGAGGAGUAAAUCUGGAUCCUUUGGGGAAGUGGUCUAAAGUGGGACUGGUCAUCUUUGAUUCCUCAGUUCCCAUAGGUGCAACUCCUGAGUAUCUAGCUGGGCACUACAUGCUGCAGGGAGCGUCGUCACUGCUUCCUGUAAUGGCGCUCUCUCCCCAGGAGGGGGAGUCUGUGCUGGACAUGAGUGCGGCUCCUGGAGGGAAGACCACAUAUAUGGCCCAGCUGAUGAGAAACACAGGAGUGAUAGUUGCUAAUGAUGCCAAUGCUGAGAGGCUUAAAAGUGUUGUGGGAAACGUCCAUCGCCUGGGAGUCACCAACACCAUCAUCUGUAACUAUGAUGGCAGAGCAUUUCCCAAGGUGAUGGGAGGUUUUGACAGAGUGUUGUUGGACGCUCCUUGCUCAGGUACAGGGGUCAUCUCUAAAGAUCCAGCAGUGAAAACUAGCAAGGACACUUCAGAUAUUCUGCGCUCGGCUCAUCUACAGAAGGAGCUGAUUCUGGCUGCCAUUGACUCAGUCAAUGCUGACUCACAGAAGGGUGGCUAUCUUGUCUACUGCACCUGCUCUAUUACGGUGGAAGAGAACGAGUGGGUUGUGGAUUAUGCCCUAAGGAAGAGAAAUGUAAAACUGGUUCCCACAGGAUUGGACUUUGGCAAAGAAGGCUUCACCAGAUUUAAAGAGCGACGUUUCCACCCUUCACUUAAGCUGACUCGGAGAUUCUACCCACAUUCCCACAACAUGGAUGGCUUCUUUGUGGCAAAGCUGAAGAAGUUCUCUAACACCAUCCCCACUUCACCUGCAGUUGAUGAAGAGAACGGAAAGGCCAGCGAAACGGAAACACCUGCUACAUCAGAGGAAAAAAACUCCAAACCAGAGUCUAAGCAACAGAGCAAACGUACACAGGGAAAUGUCAAAGAGACCAAGCAACAAUCAAAAGCUGCUAGCAACAGCAAAACUGAAAGCCCCAAUGCCAAGAAAAAGCCAGUGGUAAAAGGUAAAAAAUUAAAGGAUGAAGGUCCCAAAAAGAAAAGGGCAAAAAUGGAUGAACAGAAUUCAAAGGAAGGCAAGACCAAAGAAAAGCUCCAAGCCCUAAAAAUACACAAAGACAUAACAAAUGAGUCUGUGACUGAGAAAGCAGAGGGAAGCUUGCUUAAGAAGAAGACAAACAAAAAGAAUCAGAAGAAGCUUUUUAAAUGAAGAGGAAAAUGGGGGGGGGGGGGGGGGGGACAAAUUUAAGAAGAUAAAAAAUGUGCUGAAGGAACAGCAGGCUGGACAGUGGAAUGGAGCUUUUAUAACGGAACCAGAAAACGUCCUUAAGACAUUGUGUAUACCUGUGGACUUUAAAAAGACUUUUAAUGUCUUCUAGGAUGUGCUAGACCCUGGACUUUUAUUUACUAUUCCUGUCAAGACCAAGCAGAAAUAUAUUGUAAACAACAAUAUGGGAAUAAAUUGUCUUGGUUUACAUGUAAGAAUAAUGGUUUAAGAAUAAGAUGUUCUGUCUUACUUUCUUGAUACGGUAAUAUGGUGUGAAAGCAUGUAUUUUGAAUUUCGGAUUUAAAUAUAUAUCGGUUCUUUACAAGGUCUAUGUAGCCAUUGAUAUUACAUCGGCAAAAUAAACUUUGAUACAAAUGACUGGA